AUGAGCGCCCUGGCUGGAAAGCUGGACCCCCGUCGGGUUCACUGGGGAGCCAUGUGGCAUACUUUUACAUCCCGAGUCCUGAGGACCAAGCCUGUAGAGUCCAUGCUGGACUCGGCCAUGUCUGGAACAGGCCCGCAUGGUACCCGGCUGGCCCGUGUGCUGUCUACCGUGGACCUGGUGUCGCUGGGCGUGGGGAGUUGCGUGGGCACAGGAAUGUACGUGGUCUCGGGCCUGGUGGCCAAAGAAAUGGCCGGCCCUGGCGUUAUUGUGUCCUUCAUUAUCGCCGCCGUGGCCUCCAUUUUGUCAGGAGUGUGUUACGCUGAGUUUGGCGUGCGCGUGCCAAAGACCACCGGCUCGGCCUACACUUACAGCUACGUAACGGUGGGUGAGUGUGUGGCCUUCUUCAUCGGCUGGAACCUUAUCCUGGAGUACCUGAUUGGCACGGCGGCGGGCGCCUCGGCCCUCAGCAGUAUGGCCGACUCGCUGGCCAACCACAGCAUUAGUGGCUUCAUGAUCUCGCACGUCGGAACCCUAAACGGCUUUGGUAAAGGAGAGCAGUCGUAUCCAGACCUGCUUGCGUUGCUCAUAGCGCUGUUGGUGACGGUGAUCGUGGCGCUGGGGGUGAAGAACUCAGUGGGUUUCAACAAUGUAUUAAAUGUCAUCAACCUGCUGGUGUGGCUCUUCAUGAUGGUGGCCGGGCUCUUCUUCAUUAAUGGGAGUAACUGGGACGACGGCAGAUUCUUGCCCUUCGGCUGGUCGGGGGUGAUGCAAGGCGCGGCCACGUGCUUCUACGCCUUCAUUGGCUUCGACAUCAUUGCCACGACGGGCGAGGAAGCCAAAAGUCCCAACACGUCCAUCCCGUACGCCAUCACGGCCUCACUCGUCACGUGCCUCACGGCGUACGUGUCGGUGUCGGUCAUCCUGACCCUGAUGGUCCCUUACGACGAGAUCGACGCUGACGCCCCCCUAAUGGAGAUGUUCGCCAUGCACGGCUGCAUGUUCGCCAAGUACAUUGUGGCGGUGGGCUCCAUAGCAGGCCUCACCGUGUCGCUGUUGGGCUCACUCUUCCCCAUGCCCAGGGUCAUCUACGCCAUGGCGGGCGACGGCCUGCUUUUCAAGUUCCUGGCCCAUGUGUCUUCCUACACAGAGACCCCCGCUGUGGCAUGUGUGGUGUCUGGCUUUCUGGCUGCUCUCUUGUCCUUGCUAGUCAGCCUCCGAGACCUCAUAGAGAUGAUGUCCAUCGGCACACUGCUGGCCUACACCCUGGUGAGCCUGUGUGUACUCCUACUGCGUUAUCAACCAGAGGGCGACAUCCACGGCUUCGUCAACUUCCUGUCCGAGGAGCAGAACGGCAAAAGAAAGGAAGGUGUCCUUGCCGAGUGCGAGAAGGAUGCCCGUUCGCCAGGCCGUGACGACGCCGACGACACCACCAACACUUGCGGCGCCAAAAACCUGCCGUCGCUGGGCGACAACGAGAUGCUAAUCGGCAAGCCCGACAAGAAUGCUUAUGCCGCUGGGCACCCCAACUACGGCACCGUGGACAUGGGCAGUGGUAUCGAAGCCGAAGAAUCGGAGAGCGGCGUCACGCGCCGACUCAAGAAACUGCUAGGGCCUCGAUACUACACCUUAAGAAUUCGACUGGGCCUGCCUGGGAAGAUGGACCGACCCACUGCCGCAACGGGGAAGACCGUCACCGUGUGUGUGCUGCUGCUCUUUAUCUUCAUGUUCGCCUUCUGCUCUUUUAUCAUAUUUGGGGCGGGCUUCAUCGGAGAGGGUCGCUGGUGGGCUGUGCUCCUCCUGAUUUUGUUGGUGGUGGUCCUCACCCUGUUGGUGGUCAUCAUCCUGCAGCAGCCGGAGAACCCCAAGCGGCUUCCCUACAUGGCGCCUUGCGUGCCCUUUGUGCCCGCUUCAGCCAUGUUGGUUAACAUCUACCUCAUGCUCAAACUAUCUGCCAUCACCUGGAUACGGUUUUCAAUAUGGUGUCUUGUGGGUGUACUGAUUUACUUUGGCUACGGCAUGUGGAACAGCACCUUGGAGAUCACGGCUCGAGAGAACGAAGCGCACGCGUCCACCUAUCAGCGCUACGACCAAGGCGUGGACGAGGGUUUCUGCGGAUUUGACGACGACUUCUACCCACCGCCCGAAGCCAUGACGGGCCGGGCGCCGCAGGCCCAGCCGGAGAGCGACGGCACGCCCGUUCGGCGGCCAGGCGCCGCCGUGGACGAGGAGGACCCUGUGGAUUUCUGA